GCCUCUCACGCAGCGCGACUCUGGUUCGGGCAGCAUGUCUGAGAAGCGGCAAACAGAGGAUCCCGGAACCCGGCGGCUCCCCAACUCCUUCAGUGAUAGUCCAAGUAAGGGCCUUGGACUCUGUGGAUGGAUUUUAGUGGCUGUUUCAUUCCUAUUCACACUUGUAACUUUCCCAAUAUCAAUAUGGAUGUGCAUAAAGAUUAUAAAAGAGUAUGAAAGAGCCAUCAUCUUUAGAUUGGGUCGUAUUUUACAAGGAGGCGCCAAAGGACCUGGGUUGUUUUUUAUUCUGCCAUGUACUGACAGCUUCAUCAAAGUGGAUAUGAGAACUAUUUCAUUUGACAUUCCUCCUCAGGAGAUCCUCACUAAGGACUCCGUGACGGUUAGCGUAGAUGGUGUGGUCUAUUACCGUGUUCAGAAUGCAACGCUCGCGGUGGCAAAUAUCACCAACGCUGACUCUGCAACCCGUCUUCUGGCACAAACUACUCUGAGGAACGUUCUGGGGACCAAGAACCUCUCUCAGAUCCUUUCUGACAGAGAAGAAAUUGCACACAACAUGCAGUGUACUCUGGAUGACGCCACUGAUGAGUGGGGAAUAAAGGUGGAGCGUGUGGAAAUUAAGGAUGUGAAACUACCUGUGCAGCUCCAGAGAGCUAUGGCUGCAGAAGCAGAAGCAUCCCGGGAGGCCAGAGCCAAGGUCAUUGCAGCUGAAGGAGAAAUGAAUGCAUCCAGGGCUCUGAAAGAAGCUUCCAUGGUAAUCACUGAAUCUCCGGCAGCCCUGCAGCUCCGAUACCUUCAGACACUUACCACCAUCGCUGCUGAGAAAAACUCAACGAUUGUCUUCCCUCUGCCCAUAGAUAUGUUGCAAGGCAUCAUAGGGGCAAAACACUGAGCCUCGGGGUAGAUGAGCUCUACCCUUCCAAGGAUGAAGUGGGGGACCAAAUUAGCCUUUAACUCAUAAGGAGAGGGUGGGGCGGGUACCUUGACUAUUCUCCCUCAUUCAUCUUUCAUAUGUCAAGUGUAAUGUUCUUAGGAUGUAUAGUAAUCAUGAAAGCAGAUAAAGGAAUUGUUAGGGCGUAAAUAGAGAUGUGAUUUAUAUAAGUAACCUCUUGUUCUUUAUAAAAGUUUGUAUUUUUAGAUUAUUAUGCACUAGGUUAAAUCUACUUCUUUUGACUUCAAUUGAGUCAUUCUGAACCCUCUAAGCACCAUACCAGAGGCACGAUCAUAGGCUCUAAGUGCCACCUGAUACAGUUGGCUGGAUAAAUGCUUUGCAGAAAGUGACGACCUUAUGCUACAACCAGCUUCUCUGGGCCGUAUGUGCCUUACCUCCAGGGAAUCUUCAGGAAAUUCCCCUAAUAUGCAUUUGCUUUUUAAACGCAAACAAUGUUUCGGACUUAUCCUCACUUGAGAGUAGGCAUUUUCUUGCCUUGUGCCUGUCAGAACUAGAAGCCGUGGUCAAGACUGAAAAAGAUCACCUUAACCUUUUGAAGACUUUUCCAUUCACUAUUAUAGUGGUCCUUUUAAAAAUGACAUGUGCAUUUUUAAACUUAGUUGAGCCUUUAUGAGUAAAUGAUUGCUCUGUGGUCUUUCAAACCAGCUAAAUAUUUGUCACAAAAGUGCUUUUUUCUCACUUUUGCCUAUUUUCUAUAUCAGGUUUUAAAUAGUUUUAAUUUUUUAAUAAAAUUUUCUCUAAGUUCUAUAAGCAAUCGUUACAUACCCAUUUGGAUAGCCUAUGAACUAAAAUGCUUUUUCAAAAAAUAUCUUCAGGAAACCAUUGUAUUUUUAUUGUCUGCAUGCUCUUGACUAUCGUUCCCUGUGAAAUAUCUUGGUUACAAGCCCAUUCAUUAAGUAGUAUAAGGAACUCAUAGUAUAUUUGGUAUGUAAUGUCUAAUGAGCUUGGACAAACACUGUCAAACUUAGGAUAUCUGUGUAAAUGUAGGUCUUUUUUAUUUGCCUAGUCAUUCUCUCAUUUAUGCUGAUUGUGAGCAAGGAAGUGGUCAGCCCUUCUGGACUACAGUUUCUUGAUUUGUAAGAUUAGGAAACACCUUCCAUUUUGCAAAUGCCCAUGAAUCUGAGCAACCUGGUAUUUCACCGCCGGCCUGGUGACAUUUGUAACACUUGCACUCUGAGACUAAGUUCACCUAGAGAAAUCUAAGAAUUACAGCUUCCUUUCCCAGCACCACCCUUCCUAUCUGUGCUAAGCUUAGUCAUUCUGUCAGUCCCAGUGUAGGAUGUCCCUUCCCCCGUACCCUUUUUCCAAGUGCCUUUUACCACCAUAUAUCCUGGUUCCUAGCUGAGCUUAUCAGAGGUUUAUGAAGCAUUUCAAUUUGAAAUUCAAGUCACAUUUAUAUUUUGAAUUUUAAAAUGGCAGUUUUAUCUUUUUCACCCAGAUCCUGGCUGAAAAAUCUCUUUUCAGGCUUAAAGUAAUAAUGAUUUUGGUUCUUUGAGUUUCUCCAUACCUUCAGAUACCAAAAUGACCUUCACUUUCUGCCUUGCGAAUUCAUAGCCCAAUAGGCUAAAAUUAAAUCACUUGGGAGGUGAGAAGCCUAGAAGGAGAUCCAGGAUGAGAGUGUUAGUGCAAAGUUUUUCCCAAGUGGCCUCCCUUUCCAGCAAUGUACUUAAUAAAGUGAUGUGCUUUAGCUAA